CAAUUUUCUUCCUUGCUCCAAAACUCUCCCUCCGCUUCCACGCGGCUCUUUUUUUCUACAGGAUGCUACGGUAUGAUGCGCAGCAGCCUCAUAACCAGCCAUGGCAUCUGAUCCAUCAAAUGCCGCCCAAAUGGCCGGCGACGUCGCUGAGACUGUCGCCUAUGCCCUCAGCAGCUCCUCUCCCUCUAUCGUGAGCACCAUGCCUGCUGUCACCGCCCAUGAGCCUUACACAUGGUUUGGCCUCUUUGGGUGGCUGAUAUGGUUUCUUCUUCACAUCACUUCCACAAUUCUAUAUUGGGUCAUUCGAAUUGCGACUAUCAAUGUCCCUUCCUUUCUAUUCCACUUGUUCUCUACAAGCUGGACUGUCACCAUGAACGCUACUACACUGAUGUUUAUCAUGGCAGCGGUCGUGUCGGCCGUCAGUUGGGUUGUCAGGUAUCGCAUCCUGAACAUGUACUCCCGUCUGCCUCCAGAGCCACAGCGCAAAGAGCCGGACAUCGAUCUCUUUCCAGACACUCACGAAGGUGGUACUAAGUCUGGGUUGGCAAACUACCUAGAUGAGUUCUUGAGUGCUAUCAAGAUCUUCGGUUACCUGGAACGGCCCGUCUUCCAUGAGUUGACUCGAAGCAUGCAAACGAGGAAGCUCAUUGCUGGCGAGACCAUCAACCUCGAAGAAGAAAAAGGCUUCUGUAUCGUCGUCGAUGGUUUGGUAGAGAUCUUUGUUAAAUCAAACCGGAGCCCGCGCGCAGCAGCAGCCUCUCGGGGACGUCUUGACCUGGACUCGUCAGAUGAGGACGAUAUCGCUCCUGGUCAACAGACAUACCAGCUUCUGACAGAAGUUCGGAAUGGUGCACCUAUGUCAUCCUUGUUCUCCAUCAUGUCUUUGUUCACAGAGGAUGUUAGGCUACGGCCUAACGAUGAUCAGGAGGACUCUUCUUUGCAUCCUGCCAAAAGCAGCGGCCUUAGACACCCGACCUUCGAGAAGCCUCAUCUUCGACGUGUUCCUUCGGAUGUCAACAUGUCCAUGCCGGGCACACCUCAGUCCCGGAAUGAUAUGGAGGCGGAUGAGAAGAAACCCGAAGGUCUUGGUGUUUCUGGCUUGGAAACUGAUCAGGCUGCGAUUCCUGCCAUGUCACUGGAUGGCGAUACACCUCCACCUACUAGGCCGCCCUUGCCAACAAGGGCAACAUCUGGCUCGGCUCACCCAGACAUCAUCGCUCGUGCUACGGUUGAUACAACAAUUGCCAUUAUCCCAGCAAGUGCAUUUAGAAGGCUCAUCAAGAUCUACCCAAAGGCAACCGCACACAUUGUCCAUGUUAUUCUCUCAAGAUUCCAAAGAGUCACGCUUGCGCAAGCAUUCAACUAUCUCGGCUUGACUAGCGAAGUACUGCAGACAGAGAAAAGUAUGAUCAAGUAUACGGUUUGCCAGCUCCCCAAUAUUCUGCGGGGUGAUGCUCUAGAACGCCUCAAGGAGAAGUUCAAGCGUGAGAGGGAACGUACAGACGAAGAUGAUGACACGAAGGGUAUUGCACUGCACAACUCGGCCUCAACUCAUCGGCGAAGGUCAAGUACAACUCUUCGGAAAGAGGCUAUGCUGCAAUCAAUGACCAAACUGCGGACGACUUCGGUUGUCACAAGCACCAUUGCACCACCUCGCGAAAGAACUUCUCCCCAUACUCCGAGCCCUGGAGAUCUGCUGUCUAAUAUUCAGUUAGCUCGAGGGACUUCGCGUAUCUCACCGGCGGAUCAACGAUCCGUGUCCGGGGCCUCGAUGAGACACCAGGGCGCGAAUCCAAAGGAUGAUAGAUUUUUCAAUGAUCCCUUUGAUUCAAGGAGGCUUGGUCGCAUGACGAUGGAUCCACGAGAAACUGUGGAUGAAGACAAUCUCUUCCGUGCUUCUAUUUUGGAGUGCAUGUUUAAGUCACUUGGGCUUGAUGCCAAUGGGAGUGCGUCCCGCGAGCCCGAGUCCAUGGAAGGCUCUCCCAGAUUGGUGUCGUUCGACCAUCGACGAUCAAAGUUUUACAGCCAAAACAACGCAUUCGGUUUCAUGCCUCCUUACGAUGGCUCUGUUGACGGCGAGACUGAGUCGGUGACUUCUGGAGGAACCGCUUUGCAUGCUUCUGUGAGCGCUCAGGGCCUUGCGAGCGACAUGAAGGAUGAGGUUGAGAUCGUCUUCUUCCCCAAAGGCUCUGUUCUUGUAGAGCAAGGAGAACGAAACCCUGGUUUGUACUAUGUCGUCGAUGGAUUCUUGGACAUUGGUACGACUGGUGAGGCAGAUGCUCACAACAUCUUACAAUCUAAUGGAUUUGGUUCAUCUCAGCCAGCUCCUCCAUCCCCAGAUCCUUCUGAAAUGGGUUCUUUUCCCAAUCUGGCUCGCACCGAAGCUGCAAGAGAUCAGGAUGAGACGCAGCAAUCAACAUCGAAGAAGCCUCGUCGCAGCAUUGCCUUGGUCAAACCUGGUGGACUUGCUGGUUACAUCGGAAGUGUGUCUUCAUACCGGUCUUUCAUCGAUGUUGUUGCAAAGACGGAUGUCUAUGUAGGCUUCUUGCCUCGCGCUUCGCUGGAGCGGAUCGUUGACCGCUAUCCGAUUGUUCUUCUCACUAUGGCCAAGAGGCUGACCAACAUCUUGCCCCGCCUGAUUUUACAUAUUGACUUUGCUCUGGAAUGGGUUCAAGUCAACGCAGGGCAGGUGCUAUUUCACGAAGGUGAUGAAAGUGAGGCGAUUUAUAUCGUCCUCAACGGUCGCCUUCGUUUGGUUCAGGAGCGAAAGGGCGGCAGUGGCGGCGUAACGGCUCUGGCCGAAUUCGGACAAGGUGACAGUGUCGGUGAGCUGGAGGUGCUUACAGAAACUGCCCGUCCAGGGACUCUGCACGCUAUUCGAGAUACGGAGUUGGUGAAAUUCCCCCGAACACUCUUCAACAGCUUGGCACAGGAGCACCCGAAUAUCACCAUCAAGAUUUCAAAGAUCAUUGCAUCACGGAUGAGGGCAAUCGUUGAUGAGACCUCCAAGUUCUCGUACAAGGAUGCCAGCACCAACCCAAAAACUUUGAUGCGCAAGUCCAAUAUGAAUCUACGAACUGUAGCGAUUUUGCCUGUUACCGCAGGUGUACCUGUUGUCGAGUUUGGAAACCGCCUCAUGAAUGCCCUGGCGCAAGUCGGCCCAGCUAAUGGGGCCACAUCCCUCAACCAGGCUGCCAUUCUUAACCAUCUUGGCAAGCAUGCUUUCAACAAGAUGGGAAAGCUCAGGCUUUCUCAAUAUCUUGCCGAUCUGGAAGAGAAGUACGGCCUGGUUGUCUAUGUUGCAGAUACGAACGUCAACUCGCCAUGGACACAGACUUGUAUCACGCAAGCUGACAGCAUCCUUUUGGUUGGUCUUGCCGAAGGAUCACCAGCUAUUGGCGAAUACGAACGCUUUAUGCUUGGCAUGAAAUCUACCGCCAGAAAAGUUUUGGUUUUACUUCAUGCUGAGCGUUAUUCACGACCUGGGCUGACUCGAGCUUGGUUGCAAAACCGUAUGUGGAUCAAUGGUGGCCACUGCCAUAUUCAAAUGGCUUUCAGAACAAACGAGAUGCCAGUCCAUGCCCCCAAGAAACUUGGUCAAGCACUCAAAGAACGUGUUCAGGUCUUACAGGCCGAAAUUCAAAAAUACACGUCUCGCAAGGUGCACCACACGCCAUACUACUCACCUGAUUCUCCUUAUAAGGGCGAUUUUCAUCGCCUGGCACGACGACUAUGUGGCAAAUCCAUUGGACUUGUUCUUGGCGGAGGCGGUGCUCGAGGCAUCACUCAAAUUGGUAUCAUCCGAGCCAUGGAAGAAGCCGGAAUUCCUAUUGAUCUCGUUGGAGGAACUUCGAUCGGUGCUUUUGUUGGCGCUCUGUACGCCAGGCAUGCUGAUGUUGUGCCUAUGUUUGGGUUUGCCAAGAAAUUUGCUGGGCGAAUGGCCAGUCUAUGGCGGUUUGCUCUUGAUCUGACGUAUCCCUCUGCAUCUUACACCACAGGACACGAGUUCAACCGUGGUAUCUUCAAGGCUUUAGGCGAUACGCAGAUGGAAGAUUUCUGGCUCGAAUAUUACUGCAACACAACCAAUAUCAGUAAGAGUCGAGCGGAAUUCCACACCAGUGGGUACGCGUGGAGAUACAUCAGAGCGUCCAUGUCCCUUGCGGGGUUACUCCCACCUCUGUGCGAUGAGGGCAGUAUGCUACUGGAUGGCGGCUACAUUGACAAUUUGACCGUGUCGCACAUGAAAGGUCUCGGAGUGGACAUAAUUUUUGCCAUUGAUGUAGGUGCUUUGGACGAUGACACGCCGCAAACGUAUGGUGAUUCACUUUCUGGUGCAUGGGCUUUUGUGAACCGAUGGAAUCCAUUUUCGUCACACCCGAACCCGCCAACUCUUGCGGAGAUUCAAGGACGACUGGCAUAUGUGUCGAGUGUUGAUGCUUUGGAACGUGCAAAAACGAUGGCUGGAUGCAUUUACAUGCGUCCACCAAUCGAUGACUAUGGAACUCUUGACUUCCACAAAUUCGAUGAAUUGUACCAACUGGGUUACAAGUAUGGGCAGGAGUUUUUUAACAAGAUGAAAGAGCAAGGAGUCUUGCCUUUAGUAGAAGAGACGGAGGCCAAGAAGGCGUUGAGACGUACAAUGGCACCAAGACGAGCGAGCAUCUAACGUAUCAUGUUCACUUGGACUUGAUGAGCGUUUACAAUACUUAGCAUUCUGUUAGAGUAGAGGCGUCUAUCCCUAGACUACGGAGCUCGAUCUAGACAAUUAUUAAUGCUAAAAUAGAAUCAUCUGAUGAG